UCGUCGUUACAAGUGCUACUGACAUUGCAGUUCCUCGCUACUGGGAACUUUCUCAUCACAGCGUGUGACGUGGUCAACGUGCACGAAGCAACAGCCUGUCGUGUAGUGCACCGCGUCGUUGCAGCGCUGUGCAAGAGGGUCGGAAAGUUCGUCCGGUGGCCAAGAGGUGAGGAGAUAGCAAGGGCCCAACACCAGUUUUAUCAGCUGGCCAGUUUUCCUGGGGUUGUGGGAGCAGUGGACGGCACCCAUGUUCGCAUCCAGGCACCGUCAGCACACGAGACAGCUUUCGUCAACCGCAAGAACUACCACUCCAUCAAUGUUCAGCUCAUUGCGGGUGCUGACUGUAAGAUCUUGGACGUGGUUGCGAACUGGCCCGGUGCCACCCAUGACUCUAGGAUACUGCGUGAAAGCACCAUUGGGAGGGAGCUGGAAGCUGGAGUCCACACUGGGCUUCUUCUUGGUGACAGCGGGUACCCCUGCAAACGCUGGCUGAUGACACCGUUUCUCCAGCCCCGAAACAGAGCACAAGAGAAGUACAAUGCUUCACACUCGACAACACGGGCUUUGGUAGAGCGGACAAUUGGUCAGCUGAAAAGGAGGUUCCACUGCCUUCACAGUGAGCUGCGAGUGCUAACAAAGCAUACCUGUCCUAUCAUCGUGGCAUGCUGUGUCCUUCACAACAUAGCCAAAGAUUUCGGCAGUGAAGUGCAGGAGGCAGACAGCGACAAUGAUCACGACCCCGAUUACGACCCCCAGCUGGUGUCCAGUUAUGAAGGACGUCAGGAUGGCUUCAUGUACAGAGGUGCCAUCGUACGUCAGCAUUUCACAUGAGCAGUUCCUCCUGGCUCGCUGGGAACGCGCACUCGUACUGCUUCGUGCCGGCUGCUCCUCUGCACCGUUCCCAGCACCGGCAAACGGCUGUGAAGAGGCACUACCCCUUGUGCCACCCACCUCGCAAGUCACGACAAAGUUAUCAUCUUCACGCAGCCCAACUACAGGCACAACAUCCUGGACCACAGUACCAUAAUCGUGGUCAUCACUGGUGGACGGCCCUGGUAGACUUGCAAUGACGUCCUCGAUAAUGGCAGCGCUGUUGUAGAAAGCAAAAAAAAAAAACACGGAUGAGUUGGUUUGGUGAAAUGUACAGCGAUUUCCUUCAUUGUUCCUUAGCACUCUGUUUAUAAGUUGUAUGUUUGACUUUACAAGAGACCCAGUUUUGUGUGUUUUGUGCGUGCAUAUAUGUGCUUCCUCAUUCCACGUUUUGUUCGGGUUUUGUUUUGAGCAGUUUGCUUCAACUGUGGUUCAUUUCUUAUGUCACAAAGGACAGUGUGCAAUGUUUAAUAUGCAUAGUUAUGUUUGGAUUGUUAUAAUAUUUUUGGGUUGCCCCAACAUUUUGCUCUUCAUAUUAGUUAAUUGCUGUAUUGUUGUUUGUUGUUGUGUCUAUAUGUCUUGUAGAUAGUUUAUUGAAUACACCACAGGUGCUCUUCUUGUAGCACAACGUUCUCAAUGGGGUUGCAGCACUUCGUAAACAAUAGCAUUGUAUGUCUACCUGUGUGUCUGCCUGCCUGUAGAGUGUUAUUGUUUGCAUCAGUGUGAGGGUGCAUUUCAAGUUCCACAGCAAGGGAUGUGACACCAAGUGGCGUGUAUUAUGAAACGACCCCUUCGAAUAACCAUUUUACAGAUAACAUAUGAUGAUUCCCUUAUCCCCCACUUCCAAUGUGCUACACAUUGUACAUGCAGUAUGGAGUGCCUCAUUGUACAUUAGUAAGCCAAUCAGGUGCUGUCCUGACCUAUGAAAAAUCUUUUAUCCCAACAUGUCGUGCUCUUUUGCACCAGCUCCACCUUGUCAGUAGUGUUUGUGUUCCCCUAGACUACAUAAUAUAAGUUUAACUGGAUUGUGGAGUAUUGGAGACCCUAGACUACAUAUUACAGUCGAACGCAAUGUGAGACGUGCCUUGUUGGAAAUUUUUCACGUGGCAGCCUUAUUAGUUACAUAAUACCUGUAUUACUUACCCACGGGUGUCCAUACCUCCUUCAACCCCAGUGAUACUGGGGGAAUCUUCACCAAUAAUGUCGAUCACAGCCUGUGUGAUUGCAGAGGGCUGCGAGACAUUGCCUCCUCGACCUGUAAUCAGAAGCCCAGAACGUUGUAGCACAAAAACAAAUGUGAACACGUGCUCAGCAGUGUGCCUUUGUAAGUGUAAAGCUAUAUGUAGUGUACCUUAUGUUGUGGGAUGUUAUUGACAUGUCAAAUGACUCUAAAUAUGUUUUGGCAUGAAUAUAUUGUAAAGCUGUCACCAAAGCACUUGAGUGCGAAACAAAAGGAUGCUCCAAGGAAGCCAGCAAAUCGGGUUCCAUUCUCAUUGCUUUUCUUCCAUUCUCAUCAUUCAAUUGUACGUACGCCACUGUGGGAUGUGUGGCUUCUGCUGUGUUAUGCGAAGUUCUUGAUGCAUUUCAUAACGUCAGUGGUGGAGGUCAUGCUCCUCGUACAGGUUCACUAUGAUGUAGUACUGUGUGUAUGUCUUUAUUUCACUUCCAUUGCAAAUGAGGAACACGUACAUAAGAGAACCCAAUAUAAAACUAAUGUAUGUAAUAAAGCCUCAUUGCUACUUA